AAGGGGGAGGCGGGCGCUGUUCCUGGAAGAGCCCGGCCCGGGGAGUUGGUCACAUUCUUGGCCGGGAUUCAAUGACUGAGGCAGACACCAACAAACAGAGGGGGGGAGGCGGAGGGCGGGAGGCUGAGCCCGCCUGCAUUAGCUCAGCUCUCAGGCACUCUCAGUCACUGCUGGAAAGAGGAGCUGGGAGGAUGUGCGCGCUCUCACCGCGGCUCCCCACGGCACAACGAGAGCACCGGCAGAAAUAAGGGAAGGAAGGCGAACCGCGAGCCGAGGAGCCCUCCCAGGCCGAGCAGAGGGAGCACGAGGGGCAGCGGAGCCGCUCUUUGCCCGUGCGGAGCCCCCGCGCCGCUUUGGCACUGCCGGAGAUCUGGGCCUUUUCUCCUGCGUUGUUCCUUCCACAGAGCGAGCGUGCUGCCUCCUCCUGCUUUUUACUUUCCUCCCCCGCGCCUUCCCUCGGUGGAUAUGGACAGAAGGGGGAUCACUGCAGAGAAGCAGCAGCCGCCAGAACAUAUUUGAGCCCCGGGUGCUCGGAGCGUGGCACAGACUUUUUGUGUUUCUGUGGGUGGUGUGUGUGUGUGUAUGUGUGUGUGUGAGUGAGUGUGUGUGUGUGUGUGUGUGUGUUGGAGGUGUGGGAGGAGGGAUUGGUUUGCCUGGGGGUUGGCUGAGGGGGUGAGUGCUCGGAUGAAGACCUCUUUUUGCCGUGAUUCUGUGCUCCAUCGGGGCAGCUUGGAGACUUGGAGGGUUUGAAAUUGUAACGCGAAGCAAGAGGAAAGAAAGAAGAGAGAGACACGCAUACAAAAGGAUUUAUUUCCUCUCCGUUAGUGGAUUGCUGAGUGAGAAGGAGGAAAAACACAAGGGUGGGUUGUUUUAUUUUGUUAAUAUAUUUUCCUUUAAAAAAAUCCCUUUAAGUGGAUUUGCACCAGGGUGGAAGAUAAUUGGGGAUUUUUGCUGUUUGUUUUGGGAAUAGAAACUAAAAAAUGGAGACUGUAAGUAGAAGCAGCUUCCAGCCUCAUCCAGGACUGCAGAAGACCUUGGAACAGUUUCAUCUGAGCUCUAUGAGCUCCCUGGGUGGCCCUGCUGCUUUCUCAGCACGAUGGGCACAGGAGAUGUACAAGAAAGACAAUGGCAAAGACCCAGCGGAACCUGUACUGCAUCUGCCCCCGAUCCAGCCUCCUCCGGUCAUGCCCGGUCCCUUCUUCAUGCCCUCGGACAGAUCCACGGAGAGGUGCGAGACCAUCCUGGAAGGGGAAACCAUCUCCUGCUUCGUGGUGGGCGGAGAGAAGCGGCUUUGCUUGCCCCAGAUCCUGAACUCGGUGCUCAGGGACUUCUCCCUGCAGCAGAUUAAUUCGGUGUGUGAUGAGCUACAUAUUUACUGCUCCAGAUGCACUGCUGACCAGCUGGAAAUCCUCAAAGUCAUGGGCAUCCUGCCCUUCUCCGCUCCUUCCUGCGGGCUCAUCACGAAAACUGAUGCUGAGAGGCUUUGUAACGCCUUGCUUUAUGGUGGCACCUAUCCUCCCCACUGCAAGAAGGAAUUCUCUAGCACAAUUGAGCUGGAGCUCACGGAGAAGAGCUUCAAGGUGUAUCAUGAGUGCUUUGGGAAGUGUAAGGGACUCCUGGUGCCAGAGCUUUACAGUAACCCCAGCGCAGCCUGCAUCCAGUGCUUGGACUGCAGGCUCAUGUACCCACCUCACAAAUUUGUGGUCCACUCUCACAAAUCGCUGGAAAACAGGACUUGCCACUGGGGCUUUGACUCUGCAAACUGGAGAUCCUAUAUCCUCCUCAGCCAGGAUUAUACUGGGAAAGAGGAGAAAGCUAGACUGGGCCAGCUCUUAGAUGAAAUGAAAGAAAAAUUUGACUAUAACAACAAAUACAAGAGGAAAGCCCCCCGGGUCUCUUCAGAUCCUCCUGCUUCCAAAAAGCCCAAAAUAGAUGACUCUGCUUCCCAAUCUCCAGCUUCUUCUGAGAAGGAAAAACAGUCCAGUUGGUUACGGUCCUUAUCCAGUUCAUCUAAUAAGAGCAUCGGCUGCGUGCACCCGCGGCAGCGCCUCUCCGCCUUCCGGCCCUGGUCCCCCGCGGUGUCAGCCAGCGAGAAGGAGCUCUCCAGCCACCUGCCCGCCCUCAUCCGGGACAGCUUUUACUCCUACAAGAGCUUUGAGAGCGCCGUGGCGCCCAACGUGGCGCUGGCGCCUCCAGCCCAGCAACGGCCCCCGAGGAGGACAAGGAGUCAGAAGCAGAGAUUGAAGUAGAAACCAGGGAAGAAUUCACCUCCUCCUUAUCCUCGCUCUCCUCCCCAUCCUUCACCUCCUCCAGCUCUGCCAAGGACAUGAGCUCCCCUGGGAUGCAGCCCCCAGCCCCCGUCAACAGCUCCUACGAGGUGGCUGCACACCCUGACCCCCACAGCAGCGGGCUGGAGGCUGAGCUGGAGCACCUCAGGCAGGCCCUGGACAGUGGCCUGGACACCAAAGAAGCCAAAGAGAAGUUCCUGCACGAGGUGGUGAAGAUGAGGGUGAAGCAGGAGGAGAAGCUGAACGCGGCCCUGCAGGCCAAGCGCAGCCUGCACCAGGAGCUGGAGUUCCUCAGAGUGGCCAAGAAGGAGAAGCUGAGGGAAGCGACGGAGGCCAAGCGCAACCUGCGGAAGGAGAUCGAGCGCCUGCGGGCCGAGAACGAAUCGAGGACCUGCAGGUGAAGCUGCAGCACGCCGAGGCCGACCGGGAGCAGCUCCGUGCCGACCUCCUGCACGAGCGGGAGGCGCGGGAGCACCUGGAGAAGGUGGUCAAGGAACUUCAGGAACAGCUGUGGCCCAAAGCGAGCAGCCAGCCCAGCAGUGAGAGCACCUCGAGCCCCAUGGAGAACUGACCCCUCAUCCCCCAGCACAGGGAGGGAGAGAGUGGGACUGGGAGUGCACGUGUGAGUAGUGGUGUCCUGGCACACACUUUAGGAAUACGGAUUCUCAGUAGUUGGAAGGCAAAUGUUGUUACUCUCUAGAACAGAAGCACUGAAUUCCGCCUCUUUUUUUUCCCAAUCCAUAUAGCACAACAUCUUACUGUGCCUAGAAAACACAAAGUGUUUGUAAACAAAAUACUUUUAAGUCCACAGCAAAUUUUCUACUGGCAAACUCUAAGCAAAGCAGUGUGGUCCAGCUGAACCCAGAGUCCAAGGUGAGCACGGCAGUGGCUUUGUGUUCUCCUGCCUGUUGGAACAUUUUGGAAUUUAAAAACAAACCGACUUUUCUUAUAAGCUAUUUAAAAGAAUUCAUUACACAGACUUGGUAUAAAAAAAAAAAUUAACAAGAUUUUUAUAAUGAACCUUUAAAAGCAAAACAAAAAAAAAGACAAAAAAUAAAAUACCUUCGAUGCACAAUUUUUAAUGACUUUAUAGGCUUUGGGAUUCUUUGUGCAGAAGCCCCUCUUGGUGAUGAUGCCAUCCAUGUCAGGAGCAGUUUUCCAGCCAUCUCAGAAGCCAUCGCGGUCCCAUCCCGUCACGUGGGUGUAGGAGAAGUUCCGAGUGCUUUUCCAAGUUGAUUUUUUUUCCUUAGAAUGAAUGAUGUCCAUUUCCUGCCCUGGACACAGGAAGAAGGGAAGCUGCAGGAGGGUGCAGGGGAUGAGGGGAGCAGAGGGGCUUGGGUUGAGAGCCCCAGCCCAGCCCCACAGACCCCCCUGUGUUCAGAGACUUCACCCAGGAGCAAGUCAGCCUUGGGAAAAGAAAGAGAGAAAGAAGAAAGGAAGGAAAUGGAUGAUCAGUUGGUAGAGGAACAAAGCAGAGACAUCUGUGUGUUGAAGUCAUUCUGAAAUCUUCAGCUUUCAGUUUUCUGGAAAACUCAUCUUGUUGCACCAUCUUACCAUGAGUUCAGUAUUUCCCUGCUUCCAUUCCGAACUGUCAGUCAGGAUUUCUGUGCCCAAGGAGAGUCCAACGUUGCAGUGUCGGAUACUACAGAACAGAAAACCAACAUUUUUGCUGCUGUGAAUAAGCCUACAUCUUUUUUUAAAAAACUUUUUUUUUGUUUUUAAAAAGAGAAAUUACUUUAAUUUUGGGAUCCAAGCCGCGGCCCCGGGAUACAAUGCAGCAAACCAUCACUGCCUUGGGGGUGGUGCUGAGGUUUUUUAUAUAUAUAUAUAUAUUUUUUUUUAAAACCUGCACUUUGUCAGAAUCUUACUCUGCAUUUUAUUCCCUGUUUCUAAGAUGUACAUGUCAAGCAUUUGAGAUUCUGCCCUAACAGCUGUGCAAACCAUGAACCCAAUCUGCCACCACUGACACCUCCCAUCAGCGUCCCUGUAAGCAAAGGAGGAUCCAGCAGGUCCAGAGCCCCCAGAGCAGGAAUUCCCCCUGAGCUGCUGGUUCAGAUAGAACCUGGUUUUGUGGCUGUGUAUGGGGAGCAGCAGAGAUGCUCCCAAAAGUGCUUAACAAAUAAAGCUGGUGCUUUACUGAUCAGGAGAAAAUUAAUUUUCACCCAUAAACACUCACCUCUGACACGCUCAAGCAAGUGAAAAUGUGAUCUGGGGCUGCAGAUGUGCCUUCCAGCUCAUUUUUCCUCCCAGCAUCUUCUCUAGGCAAUGCUGACACUUUCUUUACCUUAAAGAAUAAUAAUAAAAUUAAAAAAAAAAGGAAAAAAAAAGAGAACCCCCUAUGCAUCAUCAUACCCAGAGUUAUUCUAAAAGAAGAAACAUAUUUCCAGUAAUCUUUAUUUGCUUUUGGACAUUAAUGCAAACUAUGUAAGCUUCAAAAUUAUUUCCCAGUAGACAGAAAGCGGCUUCCAAUCCUAAAAUUAUGGUAUUUACUUACAGUACAUUAGAGAGAUUUUUUUUUUUUUUUAAACAAGAGCUGUUUGCUUGAAACCAUUAUAGUAACCAUUAUAGUAACUGUGAGCAUUAACAAAGAAGUUCAUAUAUAUGUUUUAGGUACAAAAAAGAAGAAAUAUGAAAGGAGUGGAAUUUCUGGGACAAUGUAAAACUGUUGGGAGCAAGAAACAGUCACACCAAGUCAAUGACCUGAACCUGUCUGUGGAUACAGGGGUUGGCCCUUGUGUGUUUGGGAUACUGGAGACUGGCUCUAGGUGCAGCUCUCCUUCUAAAGUGCAAUGCAAAAAGAAUUUUGAUUAUGCUUGAGCAGGUUUUGUUUUUGUUUUGUUUUUUUUUUUAAUGUGGGGUUUUAUUUUCUUUGUAUGUUUUUUUCUGCGAUUAUUAAAUCAUAUGCAUGGAUUAAACUCUGCCAUAUAGUCAUUAAUGGGCAUUAUUACUGUCUUAUGUAAAGGGGUUCUUUUGUUAUGCAGUAUGCAGAAAAAUGUUCUCAGCCUUAUGAUUUCCAGAUCUGUAUUAUCCACUUAUUUCUUCAAGGGAAACUAAACAACUGUAGCUGUAGCUGAUCAUUUUUGUGCAUUUCAAGUCUCUUGUGCUCUGCUUUACUGCCGUGUUGGGACCCACACAGAACAGACCCCGCUCCUGUGGCGGCUCAUGGAAGCCUGGCUUUGGAAAUUUUGCUUGUUUGGGUUUUUCCCCCUGAUUUGUGAUGGUUUCUCUCCCUUUAUAAACCCCAAAAAAUAGCAACGUGUCCAUGUCCAGCUGUUGUCUUGCCAGGAAAAGCCACUCACCUGAGCACAAGGUGAUUUUUCAUUUGUGUCCAGGGAAAUGCAGUCACUCACUGAGCAUGAGGCUCCCACACUUCUGAAGGAGGAAAUCUGCAGGAAAGAAGCAGAACAGUAAAAUGUUCAGUCAGCACCAAGCAGCCUCACUGUGCUGCACAGGCGAAGGCUCCCAGGGCAGCACAGACUCCAAAGCAGAAUUACAGUGGGGCUCUGCCCCACUGCCAGCACUCCAUGCAGGGCCAUACCUGCAGUGAACCCCCCCCAAAACUCCCCAGGAUCUGCUCCUUGGGAGUGAAAAGCCAUUUCUAUCAAUUAAUAUUUAAAAUCAUGACGAGAAACAAGGUGCAAGAAGAGCAGGAACAAACAUUGUCCAGCAGCAGCCGCUGCCCAGGAGGGGCUGGCAGGGCUGCCUUUAAGCCCUGGGCAUUUCUGGCCAUGUUUAACAAUCAGAGCUCACUCUGCGUUGUUCCUGCAGAGCGAGGGAUUGAUGUGAAUCCGGAGCCAUCAGCAGGGUCUGUCCCAGCCCCGGGGGCCGAUUCUCACCGGGGGGCUCUGCAGAGCAGCCCCCAUCCCGUGAAGGUGCUCGGAGCUCUGGGGUCACUCCUGUGCCUGCAACACCUCAGUAAAGCUGGGAGAGCCUGGUCCAUGGAAUUCCCUCCCUCCCUCCUUCCUUCCUUCCUGCAGCCCCCAGUCCCUGCUGCAUCCCCAGGGACAGGGGCUGCCCCUCCAUCCCCCCAUCCUCUGUGCUUUAGUUUCCUUUAAGAAGUUCCAAGGGAGAAGAGGUGUUUCAUACAGGCUGUUGACUCUCCCUGUACCUACAAAUAUAUUACUACUUGUAUAUUCAGUUUAAUUACUCCUUGUUUCUAUUACUGAACGAAGACUUAACGAAGGGAAAAAAAAAAACCAACAGCAAUAACAUUCAUAUCUAUGGAGCAGCUAACUCUAUACAUAAUAUUCUGCUUUUCAAACAGAACUAGCCAAUGUAAAAAAACAUUAAAAAUAAAUUCAACAUGUAAAUACUUUUUUUCAUUUUACACUGUUGUAUUAUAAGUGUAUAUGGUGUUUACUUUUUCAAAACUCUUUCUUACCUGGUAGUUGUCUUGUUUUAUGAGUUGUGUUUUUAACUGAGAAGAACCUUUGCUGUCUGUUAGGAAAAAAACAAAACAAAAUCUUUUUGCAAGUUUUCAAUGUGGGUUAUAACCUUUUCUCCAUCAUUUGCAUUUUAUUUGUCCUUAUUUUCACUGUAAAGUAUUUUAUUACCAAAAGGUUGGUUUUUGUUCCAUUCUGCCCUCUCAGCAGUCCAUGUGUUUUAGAGAGAAGUUUUUUUGUUGGCUUGGUUGUUGUUUUGUUUUGUUUUUUUUGGUUUUGUUUUGUUUUUUUUUUUUUAAUUGAAAGAACUCACAGAAAUGACAUUUUUUCAAUUGAAGAAAAAUAAAUCUUUACAUUUAUAAUAGCCAAUAGCAUUUCAGCACAUUUUUGUUAUCCUGGUCUCUCCUAUGCUGCUGCUAAUGACAAUAUUAUGACUUACUCUACUAUUCUAGAACUAUUUUUAUGUAAGUAAUGUAUGCUUUCUUGUUUAUAAAUGCCUGAUUUAAAAAAAAAAUAAGAAAAAAGCUUGGCAUAUUUAUCUAUUUCGCUGUGUACCUUGAUAGUCCUUUUCCACCCCCUUUUCCACAUCCCCUCCCCCUGAAGCAGAUAAUAUUGUAAAAUAAAGGACUUUAUGAGAUUAUGUAUGAAAAUAGCUAUGCUUAUAUACCACAGUGACUGAAUGUACAGUGUAUAGACGCAUUACCGAAAAUAAAAUUGUUUGUCCAGAAAAAAAUAAAGAGCUCUGGGAUGUUU